AGAGAGAGAGAGAGAGAGAGAGAUGGGGGGAGAAGAGGAGAGAGAGAGAACGGGGAAGGGGAAGGUGUGCGUAACGGGAGGAACGGGGUUCGUGGCUUCAUGGCUCAUCAUGCGUCUCCUCGAGCGUGGCUACUCCGUUCGAGCCACCGUUCGUAACCCCCCAGAAGGGAAGAAAGACGUGAGCCACCUAACCAACCUUCCACACGCAUCGGAGAGGCUGCAGAUAUUCAUGGCCGAUCUAGAUGACCCAGAGAGCUUCAAGCCGGCCAUCAAUGGGUGCAUGGCAGUGUUCCACGUGGCACACCCAAUGGACCCCAACGGCAAAGAGACGGAAGAAGCCGUCACAAAACGGACCGUACAGGGACUCAUGGGCAUAUUAAGAGCCUCUCUCGAGGCACAAACCGUUAAACGCUUCUUCUACACCUCAAGCGCCGUCACCGUCUUCUACGGCGGCGGAGAAAGGGAAGUUGACGAGAAUGUUUGGACGGACAUCGAGAUUUUCCGGCAGCAGAAAGAGAAGAGAGUGAGCAGUUCAUACGUGGUGUCCAAGCUCGCGGCCGAGAAAACGGCUCUCGACUUCGGAGGGAAACAUGGUUUGGAGGUCGUGACACUCGUUAUCCCUCUCGUGGUCGGACCCUUUAUUUCUCCCUCUUUGCCUUCCUCCGUCUUCAUCUCUCUCGCCAUGAUCUUUGGGCACCACAAGGAGAAGGAGAAGUAUUUGUUUGACACGUACAACAUGGUGCACAUCGAUGACGUGGCGAGGGCACUGGUCUUGCUGUUGGAAAAGCCUCAUGCCGAGGGAAGGUACAUCUGUUCGUCCGUGGAGAUGACCGUCGACGAGAUUUUCCGCUUCUUGUCGGCCAGAUUUCCCCAGUUUCAACUCCCGUCCGUCGAUCUAAAGAAUUACAAGACGGAGAAGAGGGUGAGCCUGUCGUCGAAGAAGCUGAAGAGUGAAGGGUUCGAAUACAAGUACGGAGUGGAGGAUAUAUUCUCUGGAGCAAUCGAGAGCUGCAAAGCCAGAGGCUUUCUUUGAGUGUCUGUGCGUGUCGUGGAUUUGUUACAAAGUGUAUAUUAUUUGAAACCAUGGACCGUUUUCAUCAUGUAACUUCAGUUUAUUCUUCACUCUCUCUCUCUCUCCUAUUUUCAUUUUUAAAACAACGUGUCGUCCGUGAGAUCCGUUAUAGAACUGCGUGUUGUUUUU